CUCUACUUAUCCCUCGCCCCCUUCUUUCCCCAUCCAUGACCAAGCUAGCCGCACUGUCUGGCGUGUCCGUGGAGGCGGAACGCAAGAUCCUGGAUGACAUCGAGGACCAGUUCCGCCUUGAAGAGGAUGCGCUCAUCGAAAUCACGAAGCAAUUCCUUGAGGACUUCCGCGCUGGACUGGGGGAGUACAACCAUCCGAUGGCCAUGAUCCCGACGUUCGUGACGGGUGUACCGGACGGCACGGAAACUGGGCGAGUUUGCGAGGUCACGCUACUCGGCAACCAUGAGUUCUCCAUGAAGCAGCAGAAAUACAAGGUGUCUGAAGCAUUGAAGACAGGGGAGGCGUCUGUGCUUUUCGAUUACCUGGCAGAUUCUGUUGACGCAUUCCUGACGGAGCACUCAAGCGUCGGCUCUCCCAUCAGCCCCUCACACGACGUCGCCAAUCCCUUCGACACCAUCUCUGCACCUGCCGUACCACUAGGCCUUACCUUCAGUUUUCCGGUUGAACAAACGGCAUUGAACCAGGGCAAGAUUCUGACAUGGACGAAGGGAUUCUCAGCGAAGAACGCCGUCGGAAAUGAUGUAGUUGGGCUCCUGCAAGAUGCCUUCAAUCGGAAACAUCUGCACGUCCGUUGUGUCGCGCUGGUAAACGACACUGUCGGUACACUGCUUUCGCGAGCGUACAGUGCCGGAUCGUGUCUUCUGGGUGGCAUCUUUGGUACUGGCACCAACGGCGCAUACGUUGAGAAGGUGGACAACAUCACCAAGCUUGGUGACUCUCAAGCACGGAAGGAAGGUGGACUGAUGAUUAUUAACACGGAAUGGGGCGCAUUCAACAACACCCGCACGAGGCUCCCGACGACCCCAUACGACAACAAGCUGGACCGCGAAUCGAUCAACCCGCGCUACCAGGCGUUCGAGAAGUUUAUCUCGGGCAUGUAUCUUGGCGAAAUCACGCGGAAUAUCCUCCUUGCCCUCAUCGACGCCGCGCCGAAGCCGCUCCUGUUUGGUGGCAAGGCGAGCGCGCCGCUGAACACGCACUACGGCAUCGACACCGCUAUCAUGAGCGAGGUCGAGGAAGCGUGGGAGUCGGGGCGCAACACCGAGAUCAAGGCAAAUGGACAGACCAACUGGCAGAGCGCACACUUCACGGAUGUGGAGGCGCUGGGCCCCCAAGACCACGCGCGUCUGGAGCGGAUUCGUGGCAUUCUGGUGCAGAGACUGCUGCUCGACCCCGAGGAUGUCUCUCUUCGAGAUGCGGCGACGGUCCGCUGGGCAGCAUCGUUGGUGGCGAACCGCGCGGCGAGGCUGAGCGGUACUGCACUUGCAGCUGUGCUUGUGCAGACCGGGCAUGCGGAGCUUGGCGGGGGCACGCCCGAGCCGAAGGGGAAUAUCAUUAUUGGUGUCGAUGGCAGCUUGAUUCAACACUAUCCUAACUUCCAAGCUCGCCUCCGAUCUUCCCUCCGAUCCCUCGUCGGGGAGCCGGUGGAGAAGCGAGUCGAGAUCGACCUGGCCAAGGACGGCAGCGGUGCAGGAGCUGCAUUGUGCGCCCUGCAGGCUGUCAAACAAGGCCUGUAAUUCCCACUCGGGGACCGCAGUCAUAAUAACGGAUAUUGUAUUACCACACACUUUAAUGUUCAAGUAGUGCCAAUUGUAUCGCUCCGACAUUUCCCUGGCGUUGUUGUACUGGUUCAGAACUAGAAGUGGGGGGAGUGGGGAGAAUGGAACGUGGACUUCGCAGUAGCAGUACUAUUGAACGUAGAAUGUAUCACAACGAAGAGAGGAGAAAUCACAUUCACUGGUGUAUCAAUUACUUACUCGUCUUGUGUCAAUCCCUCACCAUACAACAUGCAGUAA